AAAAAAUUUAUUAUUUAGCCACAACAGAGCGUGAGAGAGAGAGAGAGAGGGAGAGACGGAGAGUGAAUGGAACCGUUGAGCAGUUCGAAGUUUGAACACUUCGGAACGAUUUUUAGAUUUGUUUUCGUUUUUUAUUAGCUCUUUCUUUGUUGUUUUGUUCGAUCGGAGGGGGUUCUGAAUCAGUAAUUCACGCUCGAUCCGUCGCUAUCGAGUAGGUGAGCAGAUUUUUAUGGCUAUUUCCGGCGAAGAGCACUGAUCGGGAGGCCCGUUCCAGUUCCCUCUCCACUCUGCCCUCGCCUCAUCGAUUGCGGCCUCCGGCGAUUCCAGAAAGCUUCCCGCUUACUCUUCGAUUAGGGCAGCAAUCGGCCACUCCGCCUAACGCAUUCCUUCUCCUUCAACCUGUUCGUCGAUAUGACUCCCCGCAAGCUCCCGAUUCGGCAGAGAAAUUAUCAGUUGCAGUUCGCCGCCUCUCGUGAUUCAGAUCGAAUCUAGUGUCCUCUUUUCCUUUUGAGCCUAUUGUUGAGGAUUCAUCUUUUCAAGACACUUGAUGGAAGUGUAGGGUUUGAUGUCUCACCAAACGUAGUGUUGGGACUAACUUGAUGGAAUUUCACUGGAGAGUAGCCUUGGCUUGUAUUAGUGUGGUUCUGUUGGUCCAGCUCACGACUUGUGAGAGUUCGUUGGCUCAACCGAACAGUCUAAAGUGGACGUGCAUUUGCAAUGCUGAUCCUCUUGAAAAUGCUCCUGCAUUUAAUUCCUCCUCUUGUGGUUGCAUUUAUGGAACUACAGAUAGAAUGACAUGGAAUUGCUCUUGUUCAACACUCAACCGUCAAGCCCCUCGGAACAUUCUUCAUAACACUAGUUUCUCUUCCUGCAAUUGCACCUUAGGUUACUUUUUCUCAUCUGCCCAAUUAAAGUUAUCUCUGCUGUAGCUUAAAAAUAACUCAAACUGAAAUUCACUCAAUGGAUAAUAUUUGGGGAGAAAUAACCAACACCAAACAGUUGACACUGACACAGCUCGACGAAGCUGAUAAUUUGCGAUAACAGAUAUUUAAUUGUAUGUUAUCUUAAUACGUUUAGUUUGCUUUAUUUUAUUUUAUGAAUUAAAAUCCUUAUUAUCUUUAGUAUGCCGCUUCUUCUAUGUCUUAUAUAGAUCUUGCAGGAACACCUGCAGUCUCAGAGAAACAUCUCUCUAAGAAAGCUCUUUUGAUUAUUGUACUUCUGUGUGCUGCAUUUGCAACUGUUGCAUUGGUAGCAUUGUCUACAUACUGUUUCUAUUGCAACAAUAGACUUCCCAUGCAACUAUCACAAACUCCAUCAGUAAAGGAUACGAGUUAUAACAGUUCAGCAAACUUGAUAAGUCAUCGAUCUGCUCAAUUUCAGCCAUAUCAAAGCAAAACCUGUUUCUUCCUCAAGCCUAUAUCAGAAAUCAUACAAAAGCUUCCUUUCAUGUUUGGAAGUGGAAAGGGAACUUUAUCCGGUGUAGUUAUCCAAUUUUCCUAUGUCGAAUUGGAGCAAGCUAGUAAAGGAUUCUCAACUGAUAACCUCAUAGGGAUUGGAGGGAGCAGCAAUGUCUAUCGUGGAGAGUUAAAGGAUGGAAGAAUGGUUGCUAUAAAGAAAUUAAGACCAUUAGGAGGGUCAGAAAUUGAUCCUGAGUUUUUGCAUGAGAUUGAACUCAUAUUGAGGUUCAACCAUUGUCAUGUGGUGCUUUUGCUUGGGUACUGUAUAGAAAACCAAGGAAGGCAAUUAGAGAGGCUCUUGGUAUUUGAGUAUAUGUCCAAUGGGAACUUGAGAGACAGUUUAGAUACAAAACAAGGGAAAGAAGCAAUGGACUGGGAAACACGUGUGCAAAUUGCAUUAGGUGCUGCAAAGGGUCUGGAAUAUCUUCAUGAAGCAGCUGCUCCCAGGAUUCUGCAUAGAGACAUCAAAACCACCAACAUUCUUUUGGAUGACAAUUAUAGGGCUAAGAUAGCUGAUCUUGGUAUGGCUAAACAACUAAUGACAGAUGAUCUUACUAGUUCUUCCAGUUCUCCAGCAAGAAUGCUAGGGACAUUUGGGUAUUUCGCACCGGAGUAUGCCAUAGUUGGAAAAGCAUCGCAAAAGUCGGAUGUAUUUAGCUUUGGAGUGGUUAUUCUUGAGUUGAUCACUGGUCGCAGACCUAUUUUCAAAGCUACAAAUAAAGGAGAAGAUAGCCUUGUGAUAUGGGCAACAAGUCGUCUUCAGGAUAGCCAGCUAGUUGUCUCUGAGUUACCCGAUGCAGUUCUAAGAGGAAAGUUCCCUGAAGAAGAAAUGCAAAUAAUGGCUCAUUUAGCAAGAGAAUGCUUGCAAUGGGAUCCAGAUUCAAGACCAACGAUGAGCGAAGUUGUUCAGAUUCUUUUAACAAUUGCUCCUGGAAAAUCUAGAAAGAGAAAUAUGCCGACAAGUCUUGAGUGGAGUUCAUACGCCCCCAGUACCAGGGAAUCCAGCCUAAUUCAAAAUACAGCAGUUACAAUUGAACGACAUGAACCGAGUGGAGUGAGAUCUGCUCGAUCGCAUCCUCCCCGUUCCAUGUCAAUACCAAUUGAACAACAGUACUUGUGCAAAGAGCACCAAAUAGAGUUGGAGAUAGAGCAUACUGAUAGACUGAUACCGUCGAGAUCAAACUCAUGGAGUGGGAGGUCCUCGGAAGACGAAAUUGUGGACAUGUUCGAGCCUUGUUUUGAAUCCUUUAGACAGGCAAAUAUGGCACCCUCCCUGUUCCAUGUUGAUACAGUUGGAUGAAACUUGUGCAACAUAUACCAAAUGAAGUUGGAGGCACAAUGCGAUUAUGGAUCACGGUUGAAAGAACCAAUCUGUCUGCGCGGAUUAUAGGAGUUGAAACUAGCAAUAGCAAUGAUUUGUUUUUUCUAUUCUUAGAUGUCCUACAAUUUUUUAUUUGUUUGGGGAGUUUAGAAUGAGGCAUUCGUGUUUGAAGUCAUUGAAGGGAAUAGUGUUAUUUUUUAUUAAUAUCUACAGGGUGCUGCAUACACAUUGUAUUUCUGUUUA